ACAGCUGCACAUGUCGUCCUUGACAUCUAAAAGUGCUGCCAGCGACAAGAAGCACCAUCGGUCUGUGUCAGAUCUGAGCGACAUUUCCACCCCGCGGCACAACUUCGAAGAUGCCAGGAAGAAUACACUACUCUAUACUCAUGUCAUUGCUUUCACAUUGUAUGAGCUUGAGACUAUUACGAAGAGUUUUCGCUCCGAUUAUAUCCUCGGAGAAGGGGGCUUCGGCACUGUCUAUAAAGGUUAUAUUGACGAGAAUGUGAGAGUUGGACUCAAAUCCCUUCCUGUCGCUGUCAAGGUUCUGAACAAGGAGGGUCUUCAGGGACAUCGCGAGUGGCUUACAGAAGUCAAUUUCCUGGGCCAGCUCCGGCAUCCUAAUUUGGUUAAGUUGAUCGGAUACUGCUGUGAGGACGAUCACAGGCUACUUGUAUACGAGUUCAUGUUUCGAGGAAGUUAGAGAAUCAUCUAUUCC